AUGCUGUCAAUCAGUUCUAAUUUCUUGGUUACAUGGGCUAUUCUGCUUGCCACCUUCGUUGCUUGUACUGCAGCACAAAUUGCAGAUCGUGAUCUAAAAUGUAGUCCUGGUGGGAAUUUUGACCUUUCAAAAUGGAACUUGCAGUUACCAACUGGGAGCCCUGGAAGCCCCGAGACUAUCGUCCAAUCUCGCCUACGUGGCUGUGAUGGUUACAGCAGUGGAAAUUUUUACACCAACAAACAGAAUGGACAUCUUGUCAUGACCGUUCCUGGCUCACCCGCAGGAACUGGUUGUGUUACCACGCCCAAUAGUAUACAUUGUCGGACUGAGUUUCGCGAAAUCAGCCCUGGCAGCUUCGACACCAGAUCAGCUGUCAAUCGCCUCAAAGUCACCCUAUCUGUACCAGUCCCAGAUGACUCUGCUCGAGGCACUGUCGUAAGCCAGAUUUUGAUUUCUCAGGACGUGAGUAAACCUGCAACGGCGCUCUUCUAUAGAUCAGAUGGACAUAUCUCGAUAGGAGUUCAAAGGACUCGUGCUGGAGGUGAGUUGGCAUUCAUUGAUUUGGCAGAUGUUCCUGUGGGCAAUACCUGGACGUAUGAAAUUCGGUUUGAGAGAGGCCAACUCUCGGUUGCCAUCAAUAAUGGACCGUUUCGAAAUCUUGACCAGCGCGAGUUGAACAAUCCGCCUGGAUAUUUCAAGUUUGGCAAUUACAAUCAAGGAAACUCGUACUCAGAGGUUCAGAUCCAUUCCUUCUCGGUUUCACAUGCCGAUACGGCACCAACUUCUGCAACGGGUGGGCCCUUAGCAACGAUGAUUCGGGGUGGCAUUGGGCCUCAUCAGACAAUAUAUGUCCUGGAUCAAAUUAUAGUCCCACCUCCUCCAUUUCCGUCACCUGUCGGCCCCUGUGGUGGAGUCCCAACGGUUGCGUCUUUGGGCACAGUUAACCUUCGACUAUCGUAUGAAGACAACUGCUGCCACGAUGUAGAAACAUCCAAGAUAGGCAAUUUUGAUAUAUGUCACAAUUCUAAUGGCCCUUUCUCAUCGGUUCAACAGGCAGUUGGUAAGAAUCUGUUCGACCGCGGCAUAAAAGUCGUGGCAUACCGAGGACGUGAUUGCACCGGCGGAUCAGCAACAGGGUUGAGCCUCAGCAACUCUCAAGGUUGCCAGUCUCUAACCAGUGGAGAUGCAGGGUUCCGGAGUUACGAAGUGACAGAGCCGCCAUCUUGUGCAUCCACGGGACCCGGGGUACAAAGCGAUACUACGGUCACGAUGGCUCUCUUCUCCGACUUUGGUUGCUGUGAGUCUUUCCAGACUUUCAAACUGGGAAAUACUGGAACAUGCCAUGAUGCAAGCCAGGGCUUCCACGGGUUUACUCAAUCAGUGGGGAGAGGCAAGUUUGGCUGGAAUAUCCAUAUCCAGACCUUCGUCGAUGCUGGCUGCAACGGCAAACAAGAUUCUUUCAGUCUAACCAAUGAGCCUACUUGCAACAAGAAUGGGAAAGCGUGGAAAAGCUUCCGAAUCGAGCGACAGUGUGAUAAUCGAGUCAUCCCAGCGACGAAAAACUCAAAUACGGUCUCGCUGGCGUUCUAUCGCGAUGGAGGGUGCUGCGUGUCAAGGAAGACAGACAUUACCCUCGGUCAGUUAGGAAGUUGUCACAACGCUGGCGAGCGAUUUGGCAGUGUAACCCAGGCUGUUGGCGCCAACAUGUUUGGCCGGAAAAUUCACCUGGAAGUCUUUACCAGUUCCGACUGUAAAGGAAGUAAGGCAGAAUUUGACCUCACAAACUCAGAACCUCGUUGCAGUGCUUCUGGGUCGGAUGAAGCAUUCAUCAGUUUCCGCAUUGUCGGUCCACCCCCGCCAGUUUGCGGCUGGAGGAAACCUGUAAACAGCAAUCCCAACACGGUCACGAUCCAAAUGUACGAUGACAGCAGUUGUUGCGACUACAACAAGCAAACGGUCAUUGGAGUUGAGGAGACGUGCCACAACACUCCCAAUGGACCUAAAGGUGGCAUUCUUGGAUUUGGAAUUGCGCCAGGAUCUUCCUGGACAAAAGGAGGAACUUUAUACUACUUUUCCGGUAAAGAUUGUACGGGAGAUCAAGGCUAUGCAAUACUGAAUUCGAACUUUGAUGGCAAAUGCCUGCCGAGCGACGAUGGCUCAAUCAACAGUUUCUUCAUCGCCAAACAACCACCUGCGUUACCACCAAGACCACCUUCUCUGCCGGGUCUACCAGGAGGUGGAGGUCUAGAAUUGCCACCACCGCCUCCCACGCCAGAUCCAGACACUUGCGAUGACAAUUGUGUCUCAGUAGGGUAUGGUCAGCAAGACGUCCUUGAAGGUGUUGCGCCAACCUUUGGCACCAUUUUUUACAACGGCUGUAACAAUGUUAUGUGGUCUUGGGAUGGGACUUGGUGCAGUGGUAGAUGGGCAUCAGGCGGCGUCAAUGUUGAGUGUGACUCUGCAGGGUCUCCAACGGUUGUCACUACGCCGUGGGGAAAGAGAUAUGGGAACUGCUUUCCUCAUAGCGAAGACUGCAGUGUGUCUUCUCCUCUCGGUCGGGGGAGCUACUAUCAGCAGCACUGCUGUAGGCCUCUGUGA